ACUACGCAUGCGCUGUUGAGGAAAACACCAUUGACCCGAGAGUCACAUUGGUGGCAAUUGUGCGUCUUGAGCGCAGAUUUCAGUAUGAGGAGGAAUUUUUCAGGCGGGAGGUAUGAAAACCUCGACGAACCAAGCCCUCUCGAUCUCAGCCGUGAUCCUGCUGACAACAUGAAAGACCUUUUGUACCAAAUCACCACCAAAGAGAUGAUGUCCACAGUCAAACGAAUGGGUCACAUCAACAACUUCACAAAGUUAAUUCAAAAUGUGGGUGAGAAUGCUAAUUUUGGUUACUCUCUGGAGGAGAUCAUUAAAUGCUUAAUGCUGCCUCUAGUUUCAACAGCAAAGGAAUUGAGAGCAGCAGGACUGAGGGCAUUUCGUCAUCUGUUUUCUGACGAGAAAACUCUUUCUAAAAUGCUUGAAUUCAGGAUUGACAUCUUCAUUGUCAGGUCCAUGGAUAUGGUACAUGCAUUUGAGGUGGAACGUGUUCAGGCAUUAAGAUUCAUUCGCAAGGUGAUUGCUGUUAGUCCCCAGUUGUGUCCAAUGUCCAUGGCAGCCACUCUUGUGUCAGUUGGUAAUGAUGAAGGUGAUGAUGCUGAUAGGCUUCGAAAUGCUUGUGUAGCCACCCUCUGUGAAUUAGCCAUAAAGAACAUCACAACUGCAUCAUACUGUGGUGGCAUAAACACUAUCAUAAGAAAUGUAUUAGACUCUCAGAUGCAGAAGUUUAAUGAAUCUUUGAUGGCCACAUUACUGUAUCUCUUGAGCAGCCCUGAAACAAGGCCUUAUGUACGUGCUGAUGUUGGAUUAGAGUCCAUUUUAGCUCCAUUUACUGAUCUUCACUACAGACACAAUCCUGAUACAUCAGAAACACAUUUAAGGGAAGACAGAGCUGGUCGGUUACAAGCUAGUAAAAUGGCCAUUGUGACAAUUUUUAGAUCUUGGUCAGGUAUUAUCAGCCUGUGCCGUCCUGAUGGUAAAGGAGUUCAGUCACUGCUGGGAGUUUUUUGUUUGCCAAACUCAGAUGUUAGGAAAGGAAUCAUGGAUAUCUUGUUUGAGAUCUUUCAGCUGAAGGAGCCUGAUUGGACAGAUGACUUUCAUAUUGCUCUUCUUAGUGUUGAUCCUUGUCAAAUGCAAGAUAACUGGAAAUUAUCUGAGGGGUUUGUUGCAGAAGAAGCCAAAGCACUUUUGCCACACAGGGCUACAGGAAGAACAAACCUUGUGAAGAACUACAUAGCUCUGGUCUUAGCUGCAUUUAUGAAUGCAGGACUGUUUGAGAGCCUUGUAGAAGUCAUAACAUCUUCAGAUCCUUUCAUUUCUAUCAGAGCUACUAUUCUUCUUGGAGAACUGCUACAUCUGGCCAACACUCUUCUUCCUCCAGAGUGCAGCAGCCACACUCAUUGUAUUCCCAUGUUGGUCAAUACAGCUUCUUUAUUUGAAGUUACCAGUGAAGAGAGAAGUCGUGCUAGUGUAGCUGUGAAUUGCUUGGAUCGACUUCACCAGACUAAGAAAAGGGGCCUUGUUCCCUGCAGUCUUUACCUUUAUCGAAUCGUCUCAAAGGCACACACUCUGGAACCCAAAGUUAAACCAGACAAACUUCACAGAGAUCGACUGAAAGCCUGUUUAAACAAAGAUAUUGAUGAUCCUCUUUUUGGUGCUCUGCGAGACACACAGGUGAUGAUGGAGAGAGAUUUCAGAAACUGGGACUGGGAUCUUAUCGGGUCAACUCUUCAGUCUCCAUCUGUUACCAUGAAGAAACUAGAAGAAACAUCCAACCAAAGGUUUAUUCGUAACCUUCUGUACUUCUACAAGCCUAGUAGUCAGAGAUUCUGCACAGUUCAUAUAUCAGAUCCUCAAGCUAGAACCUUCACAGAAGUGGGCUGCCUGCUUAUAGACUUCCUUCUUGCUAGUGAAGAUGUCUCAGAGGGAUUUCUGCUUCAUGACCUGGUACAAGACAUUGGUGAAUGUUUACAAGAGGUGCUUCUUCAACAUUCUAAGGCCCUAUCUCCGAGCAUCACAACUGGGGUCCUGAGUAAGAACAAUGUUCUGAGCACGCUCAGUAGAGAUUACUUCUUGUUUCUUGGUAAACUGGCUUACACCAAAGUCGGCUCCAAACUGCUCGAGAGGACUGGGGUUUACCAGUACCUGCUAGAAUUGUGCUCCUUACCGUCACGUGAUAGCCUCCAGAAAUUGAUUAUAGCAAGUUUGGAUUACAGCCAUAGUGGCAUUCCCAGAAUUAUACUGUCUAAAAUACUUACAGCUUCCAGUCCGGCCACCCGGCUUUAUGCCACGAGUCACAUGCGGGUUUUGUUACGAGCACGUGUGGCGUUUUUCCACAGCUGGGGAAUUGAACUUCUUGUCACACAGUUGUACGAUACUGAUAAUCAAGUCGCUGUUGAAGCAGCUGAUGUGUUAGAUGAAGCUUGUGAGGAUGAGGCUAAUCUUCAGUAUCUCGUGGAACUCAGUCCAGUGAUCCUUCAUUUAGGAGAGGCAGGCCUCCGUCUUCUUACGAGAUUCCUUUCAGUCGAGAGUGGGUUGAAAUACCUGUCUCAUCGAGGGUAUCUUACAACCUUGAUGGAUCAGUGGAGAACGCACUACAAUAUUGCGUACGUCCGCUGGGUGGAUGAAUUGCUGGCGGAGUCACUGACGUCAUACGUCAAACAGAAGGAUGACAACACGUUUACCAGGAGAACAAAUAAGAGGUUGGUGUUAAAAGAUGCAUUUUUACCGCCUCAUUUGUACGGACAGCUGGUUCAGAAGAAAAAUGGCUUCAAGCUUCUGCAGAGAUGUAAUGAUGUUGAACUGUUUGCACGGACACUGCAGACACUGGAACCAAAAACAAGAGAACAAGUAGUGGAACUCAAGGCAACUCUGUGGGCUUUGGGACAUGUCGGCUCCACAAACUGGGGUAUUAACUUUCUUGUGGAGGAAGCAGUCAUUCCAGAGAUUGUUCGUCUGGCUGAGGAAUGUGGUAAUUUUGCCAUUCGAGGGACCUGCUAUUACGUUCUUGGCUUGAUCGCGAAGACUCGUGAAGGCGCAGACAUCCUACGCGAGUUAGAAUGGGAAAGUGUGCGCCACAUGGGCGAGGAUAAGUGGCCAGUGCUAGAGACCUCGGUCGAGAAUAAAGAGGAAGUGAUUCCCUUCAGCUACAUAUUAGAACCACACAGUUCCCCUGGACCGUCAAUACUGACCGGUAUUAGUGAGACAGAGCGCGCAGGGGGGAUCUACUUAGGAGAGGAAAACAAAGCCGCAGAAGGGUCCACAGCGUAUGACAAACUAAGCGGUAUUUACCUUGGGGAAGACAAAGGACCUACUCGGAAAACAUCGCUUGAUGAAGCUAGCGAGGGUGGAAUUUUGUCGCAAUGGUACAAAAACGCAGAAAGACGACGAAAAAUAGCAACUCGAGAGAGCGGUUUCUAUGAUGAGAGGAGCGGGGUAUAUUUAGGAGAGGAGUCGCCUUCCAUUUCAACACCAACAAUUGAAGACGUCCAACGCCCAACUCCAGGAGGAAUCCUGGAAAAACUUUUUGCUGAAACUGGAAUUGACAUGGCUUACACAAACAAGGAAACUAAACUGUCUCAUCGAAGAAAUGCCAGCGAGGGAAAUUUUACCGGCGCUGGUUUUGGUGAGAAAAAUACGUCGUUUGAAAUAUAUGACGUGAAAAGGAGGGCGGUGUCCAACGUGGACCGCAUUGGGUCUCCAUUAAAAUCGGUUCAUGAACAUUCCACUGGCGAUUUACGUGUUCCAAACGAGCAUGGACAAAAGCCCUCGCACAAACACACUGUAAGCGCCCCUAGUGAAUAUGCCCUUCAACCGGAUAAGCCGGUAUCUGAUAGAGAUCCCGUUGUCAAAUCAGAUAUUAGAAACCGCAGCGAAAGUGAAACAACGGACAUGUCAAUCCACGUGCGUUCCGGAAGUAACUUGAGCAGUGCAAGUGUGGACAGCGGUGAUUUUUUAGAAAUGUCGUAUAUAGCCUCGCGUAGCCGCGCCAGCAGCUCGAGUGAGACUGGGGCCUACUCCCAACAGGAAAGUCCGACAAGUCGGAGUUUAUUGAGCGUUGCUUCAGAUGACGCUGCGAAGACACUUGACGAGAAAGAGCGAACAUUAAACUAUUCCGUUGAGAGCUUUCCGGAAGGGAUCUCUUAUGAGUCUCCACCCCCUUACUUCUCGAACGAACUAUUACGCCGCAGUUCAAGUCCGUUGGUAGAGGACCGCAAGCCUUUUCCAGUGGGAGAACUACUUCAAAACGAUCUCGAAUCAAGAAGACGGAGCACCAGCCUGACGGAAAAGCGACGCAUUGGAAGCCCCUCCCUCGGGAUUAUACCCGAGACCCGUAGUUCGAGUUUUAGUGGUAGUACAGACUUUUCUAAGGUCGCCAGCAAAAGUCGGUCAAGCUCUGCUGAUCUAAUCCAUGUUCCACCGAUGGACAAUUUGAACGAGUUACGCGGAAGCUCGAAGAGCCUAGCUGAAGUUAAAAUCUUGAGUGACAAGACUAUCGUGUUCCGUUCUGGCGUUGAAAAAAAACCAAGGGCUUUGAGUGUGGAUAGCGCAAAUGCCAGUGGACUGAGGCGGGAUAGACUUUUAGUUAACAGUAGUCAGUUAAAUGGAGAGGAAUCAGACGUCACUGACCUGCGCAGUAGAGGGAGUUCUUUUGAAAAAGCAGACUUAGCUCGGAAAUUGGGUCUUAAAUCCGGGGACUUGUCGCGUGGGAGACGCACGCGCAGUACGAGUAGCGGAAACUCGUCAGCUGACGGAUCAUCCCCGAGGAAGAUUGUGAACAGAAAUCGACUGGUCGGUUCAGUCGAGAGUUUUACUGUUGUUUCUGGCGACACUCGCCGGAAUUCAUCUGCGAGCACGGAAGCUGUUCCUUACACGAGUUCGAGGGAUGCUUUUGGUUACACGGCGCUGAGUACGUUACGGCGACAGCGAAGCUUUAAUCGUGAUUUAGAGGCCAAAGUUAAUGCUUUUGGUACCGCUAGAACUGGUUACGUAAUCUCUCGCUCCAUGUCUGCUGUGGAUUUUUCGAGUUUAAACAAGCGUGACAGUGUGGCCAGCAUUUCCAGCGCGUUUGACUUCCGGCAGUUCACUUCCGCCACCACAAAUACCGGAAAUGAAUUCCUCGGUCUCAGUCUUCCUCUUGAUCUCAGCACGCUCUUUCAGACAGAACAGUAUGAGUUUCAAGGCUCGUGGGCGGACCAUUUCGUUUCCACACCUACUCUUCUUCCGCCAUUUGUCUUCAACACAAAAGAUAAAGAAAAGUCUUCCAGUCACGAUAAGUCACGCUGCCUCGGUUGCAUGUACUCCAAUUGGGCGGGGACUGGGAGAGACAGAACUAAGUCCUCAGAUCAAGUGAGUGAGGGAGAGUGGAACCGAUUAACUCCUGUAAUGGAGGCAAAGUUUGAGCGCGCAGAUGCCAUUGGCAAGUGUUCUUUGGCCGAAUCAGAAAGUAGGUCAUCUCUUAGUUUAACCAACACACCAGUCAACAAAAGUAAACUUGAUGAACACACAAAGGAAGGAAAAAGACUGAUUCGUGACGAGAUCCUGAGAAUAGUAGCGUCUUUGAGCAGCGUGGUAGCUUCUCGGUCACAUCAAGAGGAGCUUGUGAAGUUAAAAGAGAAAUGUUCACAUCUGUUCCAAGAUCUUUGUCUGUACUGUGAAGUGUCAGACAUCUUGGGUUUGUACACGUUCAGGAUUCACAUUCGAAGAUUCAUUCAGGGACUCUUCGCGAAUGUCAACUUUGAUCCGAUUAUCGAGCAAGCAGACUUGGUCAUUGGUAGAGAGCAAAGUAAUUCUUCGUCUGCGUAAUUGUAUGCCUAGUGGUCGUGACUGGAUGACAAGUCAAGAUCACAUGUGAAGCACGCGGCAGACAUGUGACAUCGUCGCAGAACGGAAGUUCAAGGUUUCGUUAUGACAACUGUUGAACUGGGAGCAAGUGUGCGUGGAAAGUGUGCAAGGAAAGUAAGACUGUAUAGUUGCAAAUAACAGCAGAGAACAAAGAGAUGUCUGGAAUCUUUUGUCAAUAAAUUAACAGCGAUUUUCUGGAAUAAAUACAAGAUGCCAGCUGAUUUCUCUGCUCAUAAUUGGAAUCAGGGUAUAACAGCGAUUUUCUGGAAUAAAUACAAGAUGCCAGCUGAUUUCUCUGCUCGUAAUUGGAAUCAGGGUAUAACUUCAGUUUUGGAAAAAUCUUCAUCGAAGUGGUGUGUGGUACUUGAAAUGUCUCCGAUGAAUGAACUACAACAGAUAACAAGAAAGCUUUCGAUACUCCUUCUGCAAACGUUAUCGUGAAGUCAUGUUGCUUAGCAACACCACUGCUGAGCAUCAUGGGCUGUCCUCAGUUGAAUGUGCUCGUGAUUUAUAGAACUAUACAGAGGUUUUCGAAGAUUUCCGAAGAAGUGUUAACUGCGUGUUCGUCCGGUAAGCCAUUGCUCAGAAGCUCUCUGCAAGCUCCAUGCUUGUACCACGAAAAGGAACUGGAAAAUCGCUGGACGAAAAAUGCAGGCCUAAUCUUGACAUCAGAACCACACCUUAAAAAAAACCUUGAAAGAACUUUAAAACUCUGUAGGUAGACUCACAUAUACAUUGAGAACAUCUUGUGGUACCAUCAGUGUUUUCAAGGUUGGGACAAUAUUCUGGAACGGCUUCACGUGAAAAUACGUUUUUAAUAAGCAGAAUGACUUGCGAUUGUGUGGAUAUUCAAAAACAAAAACAUGUCUGGCCAGUUACCUGGACUGUAGUCUUGUUUUGCCUGAGAAAUAUAUCGAACGUAGCCGAAAAUGCCAGCCGUUUGCUCGUUUCCCAGUUAUGCACUCUUAUAUUCUCGUUACCUUCUGCGUAAUUUUGAUUGUAACACAGUAACGGGAAAGACAAAACGGAUCACUUUCAAUGUAAACUUUGGAGUCUAUUAACAGAAUAUUAGCCGCCGGCCAUACCUUGGGUUUGAACUACUGUAGACUGAUUUCAUUCCGUCAGUCUCAAAGUGAUCAUGUAAAAAUUGUAAGGGCGCAUUGAAAUGAACUCGCCAUCGCCAUCUCUUGUAAAAUAAAACUGUUAACUUGUAAUUGUUGUAGUACUUGUCGCUUAAUCUUCCUUAAGCUCCACAACUAGUGACGCUGUUCCAUGCAGAGGAGUAGCAGAUCUCGAAAGCUGCAAUUGUUAAAUUAUUGUAGCAGCUGUCAUGUAGAGCUAGGGACAUUGACACUGUUGUUUGUUCUAUUGUCCUCCAAGAGGGUAUCAAGCUGAGCCGUUACACGACCCGGUCCAUGAAUACUGAGUAGAGUAAUAUUUCACGAAUUUUCUCCCAUAAUUGGCUUCAGAUGUGAAGAAUCCUCUGAUGUUGUUGUAAGAGCUGUCAUGUUAUUACGUCGAGGACAUAUCUGUAAACACCUGUAUGAAUCACUUCACACUAACCUGAUCACCAAUGAGCACUUGAGCCUUUCUUGUAAGAAAUACCCACGUGUUCUUAUCUCCGUUGACUAGAGACGAAGCUGUCGAUUUGGGUCGAGAUGUAUUGACGUCACCCCUCCCAGAUGCCCGCGUGUACGGCUCGACCGCGAGAGGACGAGAACGGCUAAGAACUGGCCUGUCCUGACUCCUCGAACAUUUUUUUUUGUUUGAGUUAAAUUGUAAUGAGAAACGUGUAAAAGUAAGGACAGUAAGCAAUGAUAGGUAUCACCUUCAACCCAGUCUAAUUUCGUCUCCGCGUUCGUGCUUGAAAUUAAUAAAGUUUAUCAUUCAUCUCAGAUACGACAGCUUUCAAAUAGAAGAUCUGGCAACGUUAUUACUUAGCUUCAACGCUGUAUUUAUUAAAUUGACUGUUUUGUUCACUAAGUUUAUGAAAAA